GCAGCAAAAUCAUGGGGCAAGACAAAAAGACAGAAGUCAGGGAGACAGAUGAACAGAGACAAAAAAAGUUGGGUGAUGUCAGAGAGUUGAAUGUGGAGUAGCAGAUUUAAGGAAGGAGCAUGAAAGACCACUUAUAGUGUGGACUGUAACAGUGAGGAACUUUUUCCCCCCUGGACUAGUCGUACCCUCAUAGGCCCCACCAGAGAGACAUAUCCAACCCAAACAGAAACAGAGACUGUGCGCCAGGCAGUGUUUAAGAAGAUGAACAGAUCUACGUCUAUUAACAAAGAUGGGGAAACAGCUUCAAAUGGACAAACGUUUUCCCAAAAUGGAAAAGAUCUUGGAAGGAAACUCCAGGAAGGUGGUGGAAAGAAGGUGGAACUGGGCAAAAAGGUGACCCUGCUGCGAGGAAUCUCCAUCAUUGUUGGGACCAUCAUCGGAGCUGGAAUCUUCAUCUCACCCAAGGGAAUCCUGAAACACUCUGGCAGUGUGGGAAUGUCCCUGACUGUGUGGAUUGCCUGUGGUGUCCUGUCACUUUUUGGAGCACUGUGCUAUGCUGAGCUGGGGACUUGCAUUAAGAAGUCUGGAGGACAUUACACAUAUAUAAUGGAAGCAUUUGGACCUCAGAUGGCUUUUAUCAGACUUUGGGCUGAUCUCAUUGCAAUAAGGCCUGCAGCGCUGGCGGUCAUUUCUCUGGCCUUUGGGCAGUACAUCCUGGAGCCGCUCUUCAUGCCCUGCAGUAUCCCCCCCAUGGCUGUGAAACUGGCCACAGCCAUCGGCAUAACUUCUGUUGUUUAUCUGAACAGUAUGAGUGUCACCUGGACAGCAAGGAUCCAGAUCCUCCUCACCAUCAGCAAGUUAGUGGCCAUCACCACCAUCAUAGUCCCUGGGAUGUUCCAGCUCUUCAAAGGUAAGACUCUUUGUCAUAAUGAGCUAUAUAAAUCUCCACAAACAAUGAGACUUCCUCAUUCCACACUCAAAAAAAAAAAAAAGUCAGUGAAUUGUUGAACUAAAUAAAUUGAGCUAUGUCCAAAUUAAUUAAUAUAAAUGAGUUGGAAUUUCAAA